AUGAGGUUCGGGGAACAUCUCCGGUCGUCGAUGAUCAAGGAGUACUACUGGUACUACAUCGCCUACGAGGACCUGAAGAAAGCCCUGAAGACGGGAUAUGUCACUGAACCAUCUCCCGAAAAUAACAAACCGGAUCGAAAGCCAUGGACCGAGGAGAACGAGAAAGAGUUUGUGUCGCUGCUCGAGAGUGAACUGGACAAGGUCUUCACCUUUCAAAAGAUAAAGAGCGAAGAAAUUGUUCGACGCAUACAGGUCAGUGAGACGGAUGUCAGCGAUGUCAUUACCCGUCUAGACAGUGCGUCUGAAUCUCGUCGCGGAUCUGUCCGUUCCAAUGCUGCGCCUCCUUCCGACGAAGAUUUCCUUGUGCUCGAGCAGGUUUUGAGUGACAUCAUAGCGGAUGUUCAUGAUCUGGCCAAGUUCACCCAGUUGAACUACACGGGGUUCCAGAAGAUUAUUAAGAAGCACGAUAAACAAACCGGAUGGUACCUCAAACCAGUCUUCGCUGCCCGGCUGAACGCGAAACCAUUCUUCAAAGAUAACUACGAUGCUUUUGUGGUGAAGCUAUCCAAGCUCUACGAUCUGGUUCGGACCAAAGGAAACCCAGUCAGGGGAGAUUCGGCGGCGGGAGGCAGUCAACAAAACUUCGUUCGGCAGACAACGAAAUAUUGGGUCCAUCCUGACAAUAUCACAGAACUGAAGCUUAUAAUUCUCAAGCACCUCCCCGUUCUUGUGUUUAAUCCCCGGAAAGAGUUCGAGGAAAAGGAUACGGCUAUCUCGUCCAUUUACUACGACAAUACCGACACGUGGGAACUCUAUCAAGGGCGCUUGAAGAAAACCGAAGGAGCUGAAGCCAUUCGAUUGCGUUGGUAUGGGGGUAUGGAAAGCGACCAAAUAUUCGUCGAGCGGAAGACCCAUCGGGAGGAUUGGACCGGAGAGAAAUCCGUCAAAGCGCGCUUUUCACUAAAAGAGAAAAACGUCAAUGCAUAUCUGUCCGGCCGUAUGACGGUGGAGACCAUUUUCGAAAAAAUGCGACGGGAAGGUAAGAAGAGCGAAGACGAGAUCAAUGAUUUGGAGCAAUUGGCGCGAGAAAUCCAGUACCGCAUCAUUACCCGAAGGCUAAUGCCCGUCACGAGAACUUUCUAUCACCGGACUGCCUUUCAGCUCCCAGGUGAUGCCCGAGUCCGUAUUUCCCUCGACACAGAGUUGACCAUGGUUCGAGAGGAUAACCUUGAUGGCCGUCGGAGAGCGGGAGACAAUUGGCGUCGCAUGGACAUCGGGGUUGACUUCCCAUUCUCUCAACUCCCGGCGGAAGAUGCGGAGCGAUUUCCUUACGCUGUAUUGGAGGUUAAACUCCAGAUGCAAGCCGGACAGGAGCCACCGAAGUGGAUUAGGGAGUUAACGGCCAGUCACCUUGUGGAAGCGGUUCCAAAAUACAGUAAAUUCAUCCAUGGAACUGCGACCUUGUUCCCGGGACGCAUCCACCUUCUUCCGUUCUGGAUGCCACAGAUGGAUGUCGAUAUUAGGAAGCCCGCGACGCGUCAGUUCGGUAUUCAGCGACCUCUUCCGAGCACGUCGAUAUCCGCCAAUGAAACCCAGGAAGAUGAUGAUUCGGACGAAGAGGAGGACCACAGAGGACAAGGCGAUGGCGGAGAAGACGACCAGAGGCCCCGCAAUGAAGCGGAUGACGAAUAUGGCUUAUUCGAUGAUAAUGACGGGAAUGCCCUGGAUAUCGAGGAACGAGUUGCCGCCCAGCCGCUCCCUGGAGACGAGGAUUACCCACUGUAUGAUUCCGACGAGGAGUCUGUCUAUUCAGAUGAGCUUGAAGAGGCUCGGCGAGUGGGGGGGGUUUUCUAUUACCGGCAAUUGGUCAAUUACUACACCCAUCGGACUGGAAAUGCAGUGUUCAACGGUCUCAAGGCCCUCAUCCCACGACCCAGGCCGACGAAUCUACCUGCACCUGAACAACGGGGCAUCGCUGUAAUGGGAAACCAACGAAUUCACCGGCGUUUUGCGGCGCCCAAGGGUAAACGUAUUCAUGUUCCCGUUCGCGUGGAACCAAAGGUGUAUUUCGCUGCCGAGCGGACUUUCCUUUCCUGGCUGGAAUUUUCCGUCCUUCUAGCCACCAUUGCAGCGACGCUGCUGAAUUUUGGCAACGACUAUAUCACAUUAGCUUCGUCAUGGGCUUUUACCAUUUUGGCCGCUCUGGCCCUGGUGUACAGCCUCAUGCUAUACAUCUGGCGGGUGGACAAGAUCCGCAAACGACGGGAUGUCAAACGCGUCUAUUAUGAAAAAUGGGGUCCUACCGUCCUCGGUGUCGGUCUCACGGUAGUGAUUCUGGUGAACUUUGGCUUGAGAAUGCGAGAACUCGAUUCGAUGGACAGCCACGAUAAUGACUAUCCAGGGACAGGCACUGGCGCUAGUGCGGGAGAGUUGUGA